AGUACCUCCUCCUUUGACGGACGCGUCGACCAUUUCUCCUCGUCGAGAUCUCUCUAUCUCUCUCUCUGCUCUGCUCCACCGGGCGUCGCGGCAAUGGGGGUGGUCUCGGCGGCGGCGGACGCGGCGGUGGUGCUCUUCUCGCUCACGGUGGCGGUGGCGGCGCCGCUGAUCGACGCGCAGUCCGUGCUCCCGCGCCACCUCUUCCCGGCGCCGCUCGUCUCCCUCAAGCGGUGGUACGCCCGCGAGUUCGGCGACUACCUCGUGGCCCGCCCCCCGGGCUUCCUCCGGGGGCUCGUCUGGCUCGAGCUCGCCUUCCUCUGGCCGCUCGCCCUCGCCACCCUCUACGGCAUCCUCGCCCGCCGCCGCUGGGCCGCCACCACCUCCCUCAUCGCCGGCGUCUCCACCCUCACCUCCAUGUCAGCAAUACUUGGAGAGAUUGUGGGCUCGAAGAAAGCGACACUAAAAUUGCUUCAGAUGUAUGUUCCUUUUGCCGUUUUCGCUGUCAUCGCAAUUUUGCGUGGACUUUGCUCGUCUGCUCCGCGUGGUACUGCUGGUUCAUCACUCGGACCUUCUGCUCGGAAGAAGAGAGCCUAAGAUGCUGUUCCUGUUUACCUUACGUCAACAAGUGCCUUGAGAACCACUCAUUUUUUUCAUCUGAUCAUCUCACCGAAUGCUUACUUUUUAUGAAGAAGGUAUCGCUGAUGAUGUUGGUCGUCUCACAAUUUUCCCCUCGGAGCUAAAGCUUGUAACAUCUUGUGCAGAUGGCUUCGAAUUACUAGUUUGUUUUUUUUUUCUUUAUAAAGGAUUGCUGUACUGUGGGCGUGUCACCAAUGUAAGACUACGCGAUGUUAUGUAUUCCGUCCAUAGAUGUAAACUUCCCGGGAGAAGUUACUAUUUGGGAAUGAAAAUUUAGGAGAGUGGUAUUUGAGCACUAGUAGUAUUUUGGUAGAGUGGCAAAUACUAGUAAAUUCUCCCUCAUACGGCAUGCAUGUAUCCAUCUAUUUUGUACCAAAGGUAGUAACUUUCCUUCAUCUAUUUUUUACCAACGGUGGUAA